UCCACAACACAUACCGAUAAAAAACAAAUAGGAGAAAUGGUUUCUCCUACGAAUUGUUUAUUUUUGUGCUUCUCUGCUAUUAUUUUAUUGGGAGGCAUAACACCUGUCCAAGCGUUGGUUCAUAGGUUUGAAGUGAGAAGAACAUUUCACACAAGGCUAUGCACCAACAAAAGCAUGCUAACGGUAAACGGGCAGUUCCCGGGACCAACGAUCUAUGCUAGAAGGGGAGAAUUGGUCACAGUCGAUAUUAUAAAUCUCUCCGAACAAAAUAUAACCAUCCAUUGGCAUGGAGUAAGAAUGCCGAGAUACCCGUGGGCGGAUGGCACCAACCUCGUGACAAUGUGUCCCAUUACUCCCGGCAACAAGUUUCGACAGAGAAUGAUCCUCUCGGACGAAGAAGGCACAUUGUUUUGGCACGCUCACAGUGACUGGUCUCGAGCUACUGUAUAUGGCGCGAUCAUCGUCCUGCCUCCCACGCCGGAGAGUUAUCCUUUCCCUAAGCCUCAUGCCGAAAUUCCUAUAUUACUAGGACUAUGGUGGAAUGCUGAAAUAGAACAAGUUUAUGCGAAUUUUAUUGCCGAGGGGCGGGAUCCCGCACCCGUUGAUGCUUUCCUCAUGAAUGGUCAACCCGGAGAUCUGUAUCCAUGCUCAAAACAAGAUACAUUCAGAUUGAAAGUCGAGCCAAGAAAGACCUACUUGAUCAGGAUGGUAAGUGGAUUGAUGCACUUCAUGGUAUUCUUCAAGAUCGCCGGCCACAACAUGACGGUGGUGGGCAUGGACGGCGCCUACACAAAGCCGCUGAACACCAACCACAUCGUCAUCUCCCCCGGCCAGACCAUCGACUUCCUCCUCGAAACCAACCAGGAGCCCUCCCAUUACUACAUGGCUUACAAAAUAUACACCCGGAGCUCCAACUACACCCCGUCCACCGCAAUCCUCGAGUACACCGGAAACUACAUCCCAUCGCCGUCCCCGCUGUUCCCCUCCUACCAGGAAGGGUGGCCGUCCACGUCAAUGCACUUCGAGACGAAGCUCAGAAGCCUCGCCGACGACAAGCACCCCAUCUCCGUCCCCAUGAACAUCACAGAGAAGCUCUUCUUCACCCUCUCCAUCAACCUGUGGCCGUGUAACGCGGAUUCCUGCUUGUUCAGCGACAGGUUCCUGGCAAGCAUAAACAACAUCUCGAUGAUGGUGCCCGACACGAGCAUUCUAGAAGCUUACUACAGAGGGAUUCGAGGCGUUUUCACAACCAAUUUCCCCGAUCGUCCGGAGAGAAUCUUCAACUUCACAUACGUGACGCUGCAGCAGAGUGAGUCGCAUCCGCGUUUCGCGACUGCGGUGUAUAUGUUGGAUUACAACGCCGAGGUUGAAAUCGUGCUUCAAGGCACCAUCCUCGGCAAGGGAAUGGACCAUCCCAUGCAUUUACAUGGCUACAGCGUCUACCUUCUCGGCAGUGGAUUGGGGAACUUCAACGAGGCCCGGGACCGCCCCAACUUGAACCUUGUCGACCCCCCGUAUAUGGAUACGGUGAACGUUCCGAGAUUCGGAUGGACCGUUGUGAGAUUUAAGGCUAACAACCCAGGAGUGUGGUACAUGCACUGCCAUUACGACCGUCAUCAGACUUGGGGAAUGAGGAUGGUGUUCAUCGUUAAGGACGGGGAUCGCCCCGAGGAGAAGAUGCUACCGCCACCACCGGAUAUGCCUCGGUGUGACAUGCCUGGUGGCGAAGUCACGUUAGGGCCAAGGGAGCUAGCGCAAUUGGCCUCUUAAUUAUUAUUAUUGAGGAAUUGAAUGUUUAAACAAUAUCUAAAUUGAAGUGGCAAGCAUGCAUUAAUCUCAUAUUUUGAAAUGUGGAUUUGCUAUAUAUAUAUAUAUAUAUAUUGUGUGUGAAUAAAAAUCUCAUUUUACUUUUA